AUGCAAGUACCGGACAAGAUGUCGGCAUUUGAGGGUGUGGGGAUCCCGGUCAAACAAUGGCGGGACAAGCUGCCGGUCAUGUGCGAGGCCAUGACGACGACUGGGCGGCACAUCGGCUUCCAGAGCGAGGAUAACCCUACACCGCGCCCGGUCAUGGCCACUAACAUGGAUGGACGAGUGAUGAAAGCGUCAUUCACAGUUGGGAGCAACAGAUUUGUUGUGGGAAUGAAUCCUCAGGGCUCGAAGUUGGCUCCGCCAGCAUGUGCCAGCCGCGAGGUCAGCGAUCGGAUAAUGGAAAGGCUGUAUAGUUAUCCACUCACCUGCCCUGGUAGACGGCUUGCGGAUGUCACAAAAAAGGAAUUGAUAGAAAGAAAGGCACCAGCCGUAGCAAAAGCUAAGAAUUCUCACUUUGGGAGGUUUUCCAUGGGAUAG